AGUUUGGCCAUGGACUCUGAGUAUGAGAUCGGCCAUGUCCGCAAGCUCCAGGCUCAGCAUGCGCAGAUGCAGGAGAAGACCUUCACCAACUGGAUCAACAACAUCUUCCGACUGGGCCGGGCGGGUAUCAGAAUCCAGAACCUGUAUGCAGAGCUUGCUGACGGUGCCCACCUCCUGCGGCUGUUGGAGCUUAUUUCUGGGGAGGUCCUGCCAGCGCCCAGCCCAGGCCGCCUGCGUGUGCACUUUCUGGAGAACAACAGCCAUGCACUGGCUUUCCUCAGGGCCAAGGUGCCCGUAGCUUUCAUCGGGCCAGAGAACAUUGUGGAUGGAGACCAGCCGCUCAUCCUGGGACUUCUCUGGGUCAUCAUUCUGCGCUUUCAGAUUUCCCAUAUCUCCCUGGACAGGGAGGAGUUUGGGGCCAGUGCAGCUUUGCUGUCUGCUAAGGAAGCCCUGCUGGUGUGGUGCCAGCGGAAGACAGCCAGCUACACCAACGUCAACAUCACCGACUUCUCCCGCAGCUGGAGCGACGGGCUUGGCUUCAAUGCCCUCCUUCAUGCUCACAGGCCAGACCUGCUGGAUUAUGGCUCACUGAGUCUGCAGCACCCUCUGCACAACCUCUCCUCUGCCUUCCGAGUGGCUGAGCAGGAGCUAGGCAUCGCCCAGCUGCUGGACCCUGAGGACGUGGCCUCCCUGCAUCCAGAUGAGCGCUCCAUCAUGACCUAUGUGUCCCUGUACUACCACUACUUCUCCCGCCUGCGCCAGGGGCAGACGGCCCAGAGGAGGCUGGCUAAGAUCCUGCUGCAGCUCCAGGAGACAGAAGCACUGCAGGCACAAUACGCGCAGCUGAUGGCCGACCUGCUCCGCUGGAUUGGAGAAAAGCAGAUGCAGCUGGAGGCCCGGGAUUUCCCAGACUCGCUGCCGGCCAUGCGCCAGCUACUGGCAGCUUUUGCCUCCUUCCAUGCCCAGGAAAAGCCUCCUCGGCUGCAGCAGCGAGGAGCCGUAGAGGCCCUGCUCUUCCAGCUGCAAACAACACUCCGAGCCCAAAACCGAAGGCCGUUCCUACCCGGAGAGAGCCUGGGCCCUGCAGAACUGGCCCAGCGCUGGGCAGAACUAGAGAGGGCAGAGACCUCCAGGAGCCAGGCCCUGCAGCACAGGCUGCUCCAGCUAGAGCGACUGGAUACUCUGGCCUGCCAUUUCCGGCGCAAGGCAGCCCUCCGGGAAAGCUUUUUAAACGAGGCAGAGCAGAUGCUAGAGCAGGCCAGAGACUCCCUCAUCAACCCAGCCAUAGGGGAGGCAGCUUCCCAGAGGCUGAGCAUGUUAGAGGCUAGCAUCCUGCCCCAGGAAGGGCGCCUCCAGGCCUUGGGCGAGAUUGCAGCCAUCCUGCAGCAGGAACAGUAUCACGACUGGGCAGAUGUGGCCUGCAGGCAGAAGGAGAUCACCCAGCGCUGGCAGAAGCUCCUGCAGUGUCUACAGGAGCAGAAGAAGCAGAUCGCAGGCACGCAGGCUGUGCUGAGCCUUCUGCAGGAGGUGGAGGCUACCAUGGACCAGCUUGGGGAGCUGCAGGUGCUGGCCAGCUCCACAGCCUGUGGGCCACAGCUGGAAGAAGUAGCCUUGCUGCUGCAGAGGCAUGACCUGCUGGAGGCCCAGGUCUCAGCCCACAGAACCCAAGUGAACCACCUCGCCCAGCAGACGUCCCAGCUGGACUCCUCCCAGGGCACCGGUGUGCAGGUGCUGCAGGCUAAAGCCCUGGCACUGGUGGAGCUGCACCACAACCUCGUGUCCCUUGUCAGAGCCCAACGCACCCGGCUGGAACAGACCCUGCAGCUGGCACAGCUCCUGCACAGCUGUGAGGAGGAGGAGGCCUGGUUGAGGGAGCACAGACAGCUAAUGGAGAAGGCAGCCCUGGGCCGGGACCUCGCUCAGAUCUCUACCGCUCUGCAGAAACACAAGGCUCUGGAAACCGAACUCCAUCGCCACCAGUCUGUGUGUGCAGAUCUCAUGCAGAGGGCUCGCAACCUCAGUGUCAGAGGGCCCCCGACACAGCCAGAUCCUCUGGAAAGGGCCGAAACAGUGCAGGGAACAUGGCAACUACUCUGGACUGAAGCCGCAAGGAGGCGCGCCCGGCUGCAAAGUGCACUGUUGGUUGGGCAGUACUUUUCUGACUCAGCCGAGGCAGCUUCUUGGCUUCUCCUGCGGCAGAAGCAACUGGAAAGCGCGUCCUGCGGGAAGGACCUGGCAGAGGCCGAGACCCUGCUGCAGCGCCACCUGCUCCUGGAACGAGGCGUGCAAGCCUUCCGGGCGGAGCUGAGCGAGCUAGAGGAUCAGGCGAGGGCUGCCGCAGCCCUGGUGUCGCUCAAGGUACGCUCCUGAAUCUGGAAAGGCCUCCGACUCCUGUCUCCUACACUACAUGAGGAAUCUCCAGAAGACUGGAAAAGGCUUGACGGAGACACAGCUGGAGAACCUCACGGUGGGACCCAGGUCUUAGCAGCAGCAGGCAGCCAGCAUUCACACCAACAGAUGCCCUUCUCCACCAGAGAAGAGGCGCUGAAUACCUGGGAGCUUAAAGACUUGGGGAUCAGCCAGAGCAGGAUGCCCAUCAUUCACAGCAUAGAGCAGAAACCCCAGGUGGCGUCUGCCCUGUGCCUUCCAGGGGAAGGCCCAAGGAUGGCUCUUCAGACUGAAUGUGACUUCAAUGUAGACUCCACCACCAUACUCCAGGCACAGGCUCACUUGAGACAGAACUAUGAGAACCUAUGGGCCCUGGCAAAGCUUCACAGGGCCCGGCUAGAGGAGGCAGUAGCUCUGUUUAGCUUCUACAACUCCUGUAGGGAGCUCCAGUCCUGGCUGGAGGAGCAGACAUCCCUGUUCCGAACACUGCAGCCCAAGGGUGACAACUUAGAGGUGGCACAGCUCAAGUGUGAGAACUUUCUCGUGACCUUAGCUGUCGAAAAAGGCCACUGGGCCGAGGUCAUCAACACCACUGAACAGCUGAAACAGAGAUGUCCAGAACAUACCUCGAAAAUCCAACAACAGGAGGAGGACCUGAACCAGAGGUGGCAGCAGCUAGAGGCCCUGAAGGAGGAGAAAGGCCUGCAGCUCACACGCAGCGUGGAGGCGCACCAUCUUCUACAGAAGUCUGAACCCACACGUGCCCAGCUGCUAAAUGUGAUAGGCAGGCUGGAGGCUCUGGGGCCAGGAGGCUCUGAGGACAGUCACCGUACCCUGAAGCAGAUUCAGCAGAAGGUCCUGGUACUGGAGAACAGGAUCUCCUACCUCCAAAGAGCAGCCAUCGAGGCGAAGGAGUCAGGCCCCAGAGAGGGCUGGGUGCUUCAGGAGCAGGUGCUGAUGCUGCAGGAUCUGCUAAAGCAAGUGCAAGGACGAGUGGCCCAGCAGGUCCAAAUCCAGACUGAGGCUCGGGUCCAGCAAGGUAUCCUACAAGAGAGCCACAAGCUGCUGCUGUGGGCGGAGGGCAUCCGGGCUCAACUGUGCAGCAAAGAGGAGCUGGAGGAUGUGGCCUCAGCCCGGGAGCUGCUGAGGAAGCAUGGAGGCCUACAGGAGGAGACCUGCCUGUGGCAAGAGAGGCUGCGGCAGCUGGAGGCUCAGGCCCAGCUGGUGGCAAUCUCAGACUCCCCACAGUCCCAAGAGGUGGCCCGUGCCCUAAGGCUCCUAGGUCAGCAGGGCCAACAGCUGAAGGCCCUAUGGGGACAGACGGAGCAGAAACUUCGGGACAGGCUGGAGCUGCAGAGGUUUGGCCAAGAAGUGGAUAGUUUCAUUGCUGCCUGUACCAACCAUGAGGCCUUCCUCCACCAGGACAAUCUUGGGGAGGAUCUAAGGGAGGCCCAGAGCCUGCUGCAGCAGCACCAGGGUUUUGGGUGGCUCCGGAGCACCCUGAGAUCUAGGGCUGAGGCCCUGCAGGCAUGUGGUGAGAAGCUGCUUCUGAGCCAACACCCUGCUGAGCACAAGAUCAGAGAGCUGCUCCACAGUGCCCAGGAACAGUGGGCCAGGGUACAGGAGAGGAAUGAGCAGAGAAGGGAGCAGCUUCUGGCUUCCCUCCAAUUGCAUGAGUGGAAGCAGGCUGUGGCAGAGUUAAUGCUCUGGAUGGAGGAGAAGUGGCCCAUGGUGGCCGAUGAACCCUCCCAAGUAUGCAGCAGUAUUCGGCAGAAACUCAAGUGGCACGAAAUAGCUAAGAGUGAGCUAUUAGCUACCUGUGGGUACAUGGAGGACCUACAGCAGGCUGGGAGAGAGCUGUUGCAUAGCCACCCCUAUGCCCAGGAGGACAUUCAGAACAGACUCCAGGACCUGAAUCACAAGUGGGAAGAGUUGGACCACAGGGUGGCAGAGCGAGGAGACAGGCUGCAGCAGACCAGACAGCAGGGGCAGCUCCUAGAGCUACUGCAGGAUGUCAGAGCAAUGUUGGAGCAUCUGGAGGAAGCCCUGCAGAGUACAGAAAUGGGACAGGACCUGCACUCCAGCAUGAGGCUGCAGAAACAGCACUGUCAGCUGGAUGAUAAGAGUCAGGCACUUGCCAGCAAGAUGGCUGCCCUCAUCUCUCAGACCCACAACGCCUUCACUUCCCUGACCAUCCUGGAGGAGAGCCAGAAGUGUCACCAGAGGUUCAAGUCCCUGCAGAGCAAGCUGACCACCCGGCACAUACAACUGCAGGCCUCAGUUGAGCUCCACCGAUUUAACUGCCUUAGCAACCUGGAACUCACAUGGGUGGCUGAGCAUAUGCCCAGUUCCAGUCCUGCCUGUCCUGCCCACUGCUGGCACGAUGCCCAGAGCCUUCAACGUAAGCACAAGAUGCUCCAGGCUGAGGUGAAAGCCCAUGUGGGCCGUGUACAUGGGGUACUAAGUUCUGGUCAGAGUCUAGCAGUCUCCGGGCACCCCCAAGCUCAGCACAUUGUGGAGCAGUGCCAGAAGCUAGAAGGCCACUGGGCAGAACUGGAGCAGGCAUGUGAGGCACGUGCCCAUUGCCUGCAGCAGGCCGUCACUGUCCAGCAGUGCUUUCUGAGUGUGUCUGAAAUAAAGACCUGGGUGGAGGAGAAGUGGCCUCUGGCAAAAAGUCAGGAGUAUGGCAGUGAUGAAGCGGCUACCUUUGGGCUCAUUAGGAAACACCAGAUGCUGCAGCAGGAAUUAGCUCUUUAUUGGAGUUCCACGGAGGAUCUUGAGCAGAGAUUCCAGGCCCUCUGUGGAUCUGAGGCCACUGAGCAUCUGGGUACGGUACGGGAGCAAUUGCAGGCACUGCAAAAGCUGGCAGAUGCAAGGGGCCAGGAGCUGGAGGGGACCCUGAAGCUACACAAAUUCAUGAGAGAAGCCGAGGACCUGCAGAGCUGGCUGGCCAGCUGGAAACAAGUGGCCAGUGGAGGGGACAACUUUGGAGAAGACUAUGAGCAUGUGCUGCAACUCUGCACUAAGUUUGCAAAGUUUCAGAACCAAAUUGAAACUGGUGUCCAGCGAGUAGAAGCCUGCCAGCAGCUGGCAGAAAGCCUUCUAGAGUGUGGGCACAGUGCUGCACCCAAGGCCCACCAGAGGCAGCAGGAUCUACGGGCUGCCUGGUCUGAACUGUGGCAGUCGACCCGUGCCCAAAGCCGCCUGCUCCAUGACGCAGAGACUGCCCUCAGAGUCCACAGAGACCUUCUAGAAGUCCUUACUCAGAUUCAGGAGAAAAUGACAAGCCUCCCUAAUGAUGUGGCCCAGGACCUGCAUGGGGUAGAGAACCAGCUGCAGAGACAUGAGGGGCUGGCACGUGAGCUGGCAGGCAUGGAACAGCAGCUGCAGGAACUACUGAAGGCUGGAGACAGAGUGCAGAAGCUGUGUCCAGGUCCUCAGGCCCUGGCCGCUGUCCAGCAGAAGCAGCAAGCUGUAACUCAAGCCUGGAAGACCCUACAGCUGCGUGUGGAGCGGCGCAGGGCCCAGCUGGAGCGAGCACACCUCCUGGUCCGAUUCCACACAGCGGUGAGGCAGUACACCUCCUGGGUGGCCAGCAUGCAUCAGGAGCUGCAGGUGGAGGAGGGUUCCUGGGAACCCAGCAGUAACCUGCUCAGGCUCAGAGCCCACCAAUGGCUGCGGGCAGAACUGGAAGCUGGGGAAGAGCUGCAGCAGCGGGCCGCUAAGCUGGGCCAGCAAGCACUUCUGGCCGCAGGGGCACCCAUUAAGGAGGUCCAGGACGGGCUUCAAGCCCUACAGGAAGAACGUGACCAGGUGUUCAAGGCCUGGACACUCAAGCAAGAGAAGCUGCAGGCCAUGCUUCAAGAACAGCGCCUCCUCAGACAGUGUGAGCACCUGGCAAAGAUCCUCACUGGCCAGGAGGCGUUCCUAAAAGCCGGCGCCCUGGGGAGCUCGGUGGAAGAAGUGGAACACUUGAUCAGCAAGCACGUGAUCUUCCAGAAAGUGCUGGCUCUCCAGGACACGAAGGAAGCGGCUCUGUGUGAGCAGCUGAAGACCAUUCCAAGCCCUAAGGGGCAGAAGCUGCUUUGCCACGUGCUGGAGCACCGGGCGCGAGUGAAGGAGCUGGCACAGAGCCGAGGCCAGGCCCUACACUCCUCCCUGAUGAUGGCCAACUUUACCAGGGCAGCAGCUCAGGUUGAGGACUGGAUGCAGGAGCGGGUCCAGCAACUGAGAGCCUGGAGCCCUCUUGGAAACCUAAAAGAUUAUCUGAAGCACCUGCAGAAACACCAGGUUUUCAAGGCUGAGGUUCAGGCCCACGAGCAGGUCAUGAUCUCUGUUGCCAAGCAAGGCGAAGGGCUCCUCAGACAGUGCCAUCCUCGGACUGGAGAGGUCUCCCCGAAGCUGAAGGCCCUGUGGGAGCUCUGGGAGAAGCUGAGGCAGGCAGUGACCCUGCGGGGCCAGGCCCUGGAGGACAGAUACAGCUUCCUGGAAUUCCUGCAGAGAGUGGACCUCGCAGAGGCCUGGAUCCAGGAGAAGGAGAGGAUGGUGAACCGCAGUGACGUGGGCCUGAACCUGGAGCACUGCCUGCAGCUCUGCAGACAGGUCCGCAAAUUACAGGUCACAGUGGAUGACACCUACGUCAGGAGAAUCAAAAACUUGUCACUGCAGCACAAGAACCAGAGCCCUGAGGAAUCUGAGACCAUCUGCCAGCGGCAAAGCCAGCUCAGCGAUAGGUGGAAGACUCUCCGUGACAACCUGCUCCUGUAUCAGCAGCGGCUUGAAGCAGCCCUGGAGAUGCAUACGUUGUCCAGUGCACUGGAUGACAUCACUGAGCGGAUCAGGGAAAAGGAAGCCCUGAUCCAGGCCCUGGAGAGUACAGAAGAUCUGGAGAGUGUACAGAGGCUGUCAUGGAAACGGGAAAUGCUGCAGCAGGGGAUGGGCCUCAUCCAGACUCAGGUGGAGUCUCUUGAGGUUAAGGUUGACCGCCUCUGCAAGAGCAGUCCUGAGGCUGCCCACAGCCUCAGUCAUAAGCGACGAGAAAUGAUGGACAGCUGGCAGAAGGUCUGGAGCAGGGCCCAGAACAGGACGGAGUCACUAGGUGUGGGCCACAAAGCCUGGAAGCUCCAGAUGCUGCUGUGGGAGCUGCAGGACUGGGCACAGGGACUGAAGGCCAAGAUAGACCUGCGGGGAACCCCCUGCAGCCCCGAGAGAUCCCAGUACAUGCUGCAAGAACACCAGGCAUACAAGGCUGAGCUGGACAUCCGAACAGCCAGCCUUAGCCUGGCCCGAAGCAUGGAACAGCAACUGCUUGCAUCUGGAUACCAACUGGCCUCUGCGGUUCGUCAGCCCCUGGCUGCUGCGGAGCAGGAGUUGAGUAGCCUGGAAGAAACAUGGCAGAGGCGGCAGCAGCAGCUCCAACAAGCCCUGGAGCAGCAGCUACUUCUGAGCUCUGUGAAAAAGGUGGAACGCUGGCUCGACAGCGAGGAGUCCUCUCUAGCUAGUGAGGGACUUGCGGACCCCUUGGCCGCAGUGGAGACCCUUCUGUUAAAGCACAAGAGGCGCAAGCAGAACCUGAAAGCAAGGGCUGAAGAGAUCAGUGCACUGGAGGCCACAGCCCACAGCCUGCACCAGAGUGGACACCCUGAGGCCCACAGCAUCCUGGCUAGGUGCCAGGGCCUACUCCUGAGGAAAGAGGCACUCACAGAGCGAGCAAGGGUGUGGGGUCGCCAGCUGGAGGAGCUGCGGCAGCUUCGGACUUUCUUGCAGGAUUCCGAUGAGGUCGCUACAUGGUUAAGGGAGAAGAACCUGGUGGCUCUGGACAAGGGCCAGCAGGACCCAACCAUAUUGCAAACCCAGUUGCAGAAGCAGCAGAAUUUCCAGGCUGUGCUGGAUGCCAGUGUUUACCAGCAACGGGAGCUGCAGAUGGAGGGGCAGAGGCUGCUACAAGGAGGCCACCCAGCCUCAGAGACCAUCCGGGAGCGGCUGCAAGAACUAGGAGGCCUCUGGGCUGAGCUGCAGGCCAACUGCCAAAAGAAGAUGACCCGACUACUGGGGGCCCGCAAGGCUCUGCAUCUGCAGAAGAUGCUGGAGAAACUGGAGAGCUGGCUAGAGUCCAUGGAAGCAGAGCUGGGAGACCCUGUCAAAAGCCAGGACCUGCCUAGGGUGGGCGAGCUCCUGGGGGUGCAGAGGGAGCUGGAAGCAGCUAUCGCUAGUCAGACCAGGCAAGUGCAGGAGCUGCAGGGCCAAGCCCAAGCCUGCUUUCAGGAAGGCCACUGCCUCGCCAAAGGUGUGGAAGAGCGAGCCCAGCAGCUGCUUCAGAGGUUCCUGAGCCUUCAGGGGCCCCUACAAGAGCGCAGGGCAUCCCUGGAAGCCCAGAGCCUACUCUUACAGUUCUUCAGGGAUGCUGAUGAGGAAAUGGCCUGGAUUCAGGAGAAGCUGCCCUCUGCCACAGCCCAGGACUAUGGCCAGAGCCUGAGCACUGUACGGCACCUGCAGGAGAAACACCAGAAUCUGGAGAAUGAAAUCAGUAGCCACACAGCUCUGAGCCAGGUGGUGGUGGGUACGGGUCACAAGCUUGUGCAGGCUGGACACUUCGCCGCGGAAGAGGUGGCUGCCCGGGUGCAGCAGCUGGAGGUGGCUCUAGAUCACCUGCAGACAGAGGCAGCACGGAGGAGGAGGAUGCUGCAGCAGGCUCUGGAAGCCCAGCAGAUUUUGAUGGAGCUCCUGGAGGCGGGAUCCUGGCUAGCUGAACGGGGCCAUAUUCUGGACAGUGAGGAGCUGGGCCAGGAUGCUGAGGCUACACAGGUUCUUCUGCGGCAUCUGGAGGCCACCAUAAGAGAUUUGGAGGGGUUCGGCAGUCGCACUGAGCAGCUACAGCACGCAGUGGCCCUCCUGGAGAGUGGGCAGCACCUGGGCAGUCCCAGGGUGCUGUCCCAGUUGCAGGCUGUGAGGGAGGCCCACACACAGCUGCUCCAGAGGGCGGAGGGCAGGAGGCAAGCGCUGCGUGAGCAAUUACGCCUACACCAGCUGGAGCGAGAGGCCCGGCUCCUGGAUGCCUGGCUGACCACCAAGGUGGCUGCUGCCGAGUCCCAGGACUAUGGACAGGACCUAGAAGACAUCGAGGCGAUGGAAGCCAUGUUUGGUGCUUUCAGCAGAGAAGUCCAGAGCCUGGGCCGGGCCAAGGUGCAGACCCUGAGAGAGCUGAUGGCCCCCCUGGAAAGAGAAGCACCCAGGUUCUUCCCCCAGAUCCAAGCCCAGAAGUAUCAUAUCCAGGCCACCUGGGAGAGGCUGAACAAGGCAAUUGAAGCCCAUAGAGAGAACCUGGCUGCAGCCCGUGAGCGCCAGAGCUUUGAGCAGGCUGUCUCAGCGCUCCAAGGCUGGCUGCAGGAGAAGACUACCCUGCUGGAGGGAGAGUUCCCCAGCCGCAGCCUGUCACCUGCACGGCUCCUGCAGCAGCAGAGGUGUCUGCAGAGCAGAACACAGGGGUUGCCACAGGCCAGGAGCCACUUAAUGGGGAGUGUGCCCUUCCCAAGAGUGAGGCCUGACCUCAUGUUCUGGUUGCAGAGAGAACUGACAGCUAUUGAGAAAGAGGUGACCAGGGUGCAGAUGGAGGCCCAUUGUCUGGGCCAGCGCUACCCUGUGGCUCAGGAGGGUCUGGCUGAGUGGCUCACCAAGGUGCAAGGGGACUGGGCCAACCUGGAGGCUAAAGCCCAGGAAUGGAAUCAGAAGCUGUUGCAGGCCACACAGGGCCACACCUUUCUUGGGCACUGUCGGGAAUUGCUAGCAUGGUCUCAGGAGCUGCUUUCCUCAGAGUCAGCUAGGGAUGUGGUGGGGGCUGAGCAAUUCCUUGAGCAGCAUGAGGAGCUGGACCAAGAAAUUCAGGAGUGCUGCCGUCAAGCCCAGAGCACACGGCAGGAAGGGCAGCAGCUGCUGGACAACGGCCUCUUCGUGUCCCCGGAGGUGGCAGGGUGUCUGCAGGAGCUGGACAGACACCUGCAGGAGCUUCAGGUCACACAGGGCCUGCGUGGGCAGCGCCUUGAGCAGAGCUGGGGCCUGCGGCAGCUGCGACAGAAACUGGAGCUGGCGGAGGCCUGGCUGGCUUCCCAGGAAGGCCUGCUGCUGGACCCCAGCUAUGGGUGCUCAGUGACAGACGUGGAACGGCUGCUCAGCAGACACGAGGGCCUGGAAAAGCUGUUGGUGGCCCAGGAGGAGACGUUCACCCAGCUUCAGACGAUGGCACAGGAGGCAAAGGGCACUCAUGUCAUGGAGCAGCCUCCUGCAGAGGGGAGGCAGCCCAGCACAGGCUUCUGGAACAAUAGCCAUGGGACCCUGACAAGCAGAACCCUGAGCCUGUUCCCGGAUAUGAGGAAGGCAACCAAAGUACCUGGUGGCACUGGGGAGCUGGCUUCCAUAGCUCCCCUUGUACCUGAGUGGAGACUGGAGGACAGGAAGCAUAGUUUCUCCCCAAGGUGA